AUGGCAGCAAAUGAAACCAGAGGAGCAUUGCACAGGAGGAUCGUGCUGGUGGGGAAGACUGGAUCAGGAAAAAGUGCAACAGGAAACACCAUACUGGGAAGAAAUGCUUUUGAAAGCAACGCUCUACCCAGUCACGUGACUGACGUGUGUGAGAAACACGACGGGGAAGUGCAGGGCAGAGACGUUGCCGUGAUCGACACGCCGGGAAUCUGUGACAGGAACAAGACGGAGGAGCAGAUGAGGAAACUGAUGGCCAACUGCAUCAAGCUGUCCCUCCCUGGACCACACGUGUUCCUGCUGGUGAUCAGACUGGGAGUGAGAUUCACAGAAGAGGAAGAAAAUGCCGUAAAGUGGGUCCAGGACAACUUUGGACAAGACGCGUCACGUUACACGAUUAUAUUGUUCACCCAUGUAGAUCAGCUGAAAGGUAUAACUGUGGAGGAUUGCUUAAAGCAUGAGAGUCUUAAUAGGAUUUACAAUAGCUGCGGAGGAAGGUAUCUGCCAUUCAACAACAGUGAUAGAAGUAACAGAGAACAGGUACAGCAUCUUCUGGAGAAGAUUGACAACAUGCUUCAGGUAAAUGUAGGAGAGUUUUACACCAACAACAUGUACAAGGAGGCUCAGAGAAAGAUCAAAGAAGAGGAGGAGAGAAAGAGACAGGAGGAGGAGAGGAAAAAGGAGGAGGAGAGAAGGAGACAGGAGGAGGAGUGGAGACGGCAGGAAGAUAUACGAAAAGAGGAGGAGAAAAGGAGGUACGAAGAUGAAAGAAGACGAGAAGAAGACAGAAGGAGACAAGAGGAGGACAGAAGACGACAGGAGGAGGACAGAAAACGACAGGAAGAUGAAAGAAGAAGGGAUGAAGAGGAAAGAAGGAGAGAAGAAGAGGAAAGAAGGAGAGUGGAAGAACAGAGAAGAAUGCAGGACGAGAUCAGGAGACAACAGGGAAACUCGUGCUUCAGGAGAUGUUGUCCAUGCUUGUACACAGAUCCAGAAAGAGAACUAUGA